CCCCCAUUUCCAAUGUGCACAGAGCAAAAUGCACAUGCAAGGGCCAAUGGCGAGGAUGCGUCACCGUUGUGAACUGCAUUCCCGUAGGACUGCGUGCUGCUGAAAUGCUGCUAGCACAACAAAGCACAGCCCUUAAAGAGCUGCAAGCGUUCCCAACUCAAGCUGGCUGAGUGCACCUUAAAACCUGCUCGGAUUUGGAGCUGUUGUUUCAAAAACAUCAUACAGCAGAAUUUGAUUCAAGCUUUAUCAAAGCCGUUUUUCCGCCGCCUCAGCAAAUUGCAGCGUGAGCUCCAAGCGACAGCUCCGAAGGCGCCUGUCAAGAUUCCAGGGGGAAUGGAGGCCUCUGCAAGGAACAGCCAAGUUCAUUUCUCCCAGGAGGCGACGCGGCGUCUGCUGCGGGACUGGAAGGAGGUGCAGAAGGAGCCUAUUGACACCGUCGUGGCAAAGCCUUUGGAGAACGAUCUGAGCGAAUGGCACUGCAAUCUGAUCCCGGACGAGGGCCCCUACCAGGGUACCGCCUUUCACCUCAUCCUCAAGUUCCCAGUGGACUACCCCAACACCCCCCCAAACGUCCGCCCCUGCACCUUCCUGAGUCACCCCAAUGUUUUUGGCGACUGGAUCUGCCUGGACAUGAUCAAGGAGCCCGAGUAUUGCUCGAGACCAUACCAAGGUUGGUCCACGGCGUACAGCGUCCAAAGCGUCCUGCUACAGCUCCAGAGCUUCCUGUUUGCCGAAAACGUGCCCCAGGACUGGGGUGGCAACAGCGUCAACCGGGCGGCUGGGUCCGAGAUCGCCCGCGCCAAGCGCGAGGCUGCAGCUUUUCACUGCGCUGAAUGCGGGUUUAGGGGCUUUAGCAACGCCGCGGCCACGGCCCCAAACCUCCCCCGGGAUGGGAAUACCGUGGUCUUGAACGGUCGGCUCGCCCGCUGGGCCAACAACCUCGACGACACCGUGGAGGAACGAUUCACCGUCCGCACCCGUGGCGAGGUCCGCACGCCGCGGACGCCCGAUCACCGCGGCCGCGCGCCGCGCGCGCGCCCCGUACCCAACACCGUCAACGAGCUCAUAGCCCGCGCUCUCGACAGAAGCGCGCGCGCCGCCAGCCCGUCGGCGUCCGAGGCAAGCUCGGAGGGCGGCCGCGUCGCGCCCACGGAAGCGCUCCAGAGCCCGCCACGUGUCCCCACCUCCCCGCCCACCCAAUCCCCACAAACCUCUGCCAAGUCCUCCAACACCCCCGCCAAAGUCGUCGUCGUCCCUGCGCCGCGAGGACCUCCGACCCUACCAAACCCUGGGCCGGCAGCGGCGCCCCAAACCGUGGCAGACCCUGAGCCGGCCGCGGCGCAAAACCCCGAAACCCCGGCGGACCGCCUGAGCGAGCUCUCCACGGACGUCCUGGUGCAGAUCCUGGACCGCCUGGACGCGCCGUCGCUGUCCGCGCUCGUGCGCGCGAGCCGACACUACGCGCGCGCGGCCACGGAGCGCGGCGCUUGGGUGCGCCGCGAGCUGCAGUGCUUCCACACGAAGCGCAGCUUCGGCGAGGAGGUUUUGGGGUUUGGGGUUGCGACCAAGGGCGAGGAGGUUGAAAAUGACGGGGACUAUGGGUGUCCGUGUCCGAUGUGCAGACCGGACCGGCGGGCGGAACGGAAGCCGAAGGUUAGGGGCCGCUGGGAGCCGGUUCUCUCGAUGGACUAUCUCUCGGCGGGGGCGUUUUUUGAGGGGGGGGUACGGCGGGGCGUUUGGAACGAGAGGUUGGAGUGGUGGCUUCCUCUAAUCUUGGACGACCAGCACUGCGCGCGCGCACUCCCCCUCCUCAAGGGCACCAUCGCGGCCCUCGCCGCGAACCCCCGCCGCCCCUCCCUGCCGCGUGCUGAUAUUUUGCGCCACAGCUUCUCUUCUCUCGACACCCUGAAGGUCCUUCCUCGGCUCAUGAAUGGCAUGGUGGUGUCGUUCAUGAAGCAGGGGAGCGCAGGAAACAAGGCCGACCUGCACGCCUCCGAGAAAGCGCUCCUAGGCUACUGCCAGCUGCACCACAUGCUGCUGCGCCUGGCCCAGGACUACCCGGCGCUCCAAACAGCGAUCGACCGGGCACUCUCCCGCUUCCAAUCCACCCCCACCGCUCGGCACAAGAACGAGACCCCCGACCUGGGGGAACUGCUGGUGCUGCUCAGCGUCGCCAAGACCGGGGGGGUCACCUGGGACAGCCUGGCGCCCGCCUUCGUUGCGGAGACGUUCGACAGGAACGUGCUGUGGCUGCUGCGCGAGCACCCGGAGCUGGCGGUCCUGGAAGCGGCCGAUUGCGUAUCGGAGCACCGCCUCGCCACCACCUUCAACGCGACCGCGACCUCGCGGCGGCUCAUCAUGUUCCAGGUGGCGUUCCUGCUGCUCGUCCGUCCGUCCGGCAGUUCCGUCCGCGACAUCCUGGCGGAAUAUGGGCAGCGGUACGGGUACCCGCGGCCGGGCCUCACGCGCAAGCUGCAGGAGACCUGGUACCGCGUCCGAAAGGUUGCCACGUGGCCCGCCUACUUCGCCGAACUGGGCCUGCCGUGCCCCUCCAACCCUGCGCUGUCCAGCAUGCUACGUCAGGCUGUCGUCAGCAGCAGCAGGAAGGGCUACCAUUCAGUCGAGCGGCUGCGCUCAGGCCUGAAUUUGAGGGGCCUUGUUUCACUGCGGCAGCAAAAAGAGCGGGCUCGGGGCGUGAGUCCUAGCGUGACGGGCCGGAGGGAAACGGGGCCUUGGCGGCGGGAGGGGAGGGACAAUGCGGAAGGGAAUGGCCCUGUUUCGAGCGCGAGCAGCGGUCAGCCACAGCCUUCUUCGUGGUGGGACAGACCUAACAGGGCCUCCUCUACUGCGAGAGAUCAGAGGGCUGCACCUCGUCAGCCGAGUCAACCGACUGUAGUUAGCUUGAACCCCUUCGCUGUUCUUGAAAUAGAUAGUGAAUAGAAUCAGUAGCUAAUUGCAGGUCGAUUGCAUCAUGUUUCGAGAACGGGGCAACAAGUCUGAAUUAUUGCCAAGAUGCAAAAUUCAAACGGUCAAGUUGAGGACCAGUAGGAUUCGAGUAGUAAGCCCGGUAAGAAACUCUUUGCUUCGACUCCUGUCUGCCAGCAUAAGAUUAAACAGUGCAAGUCGAAGCAUUCUAAGGAAGAGAAUGCGAAAGACACUACUUCGCCACUGGAUUUUCGCCACACAGAUGCUGCCACUUUUACAC